AUGGAGUGCCGUGUACUAGCUUGGUGGAUCUUCAUUCUUGUGCUUGUCUGCAUUACGACUGAAGCAUCGCACUUCCGACACGGCAGUAUAAUGUGGGCUCCAGAUAAUUCUAACAGCAAUAAGUUACAGUUUCGAUUUCGCAUCGGAUGGAGACGAUCGUACAGCGCUGAUCUUUACUGUGACCAGAGUACGAUAAGCAGCAAUCAGCUCAUUUCUUUCGGAAGCUCAUGGGAUGCAACAUGCACCAAUUCUCCUAAUCCUGUAUGUGGGUCGACUGCCAUCGGAAAUACUAACUUCUACUGUACAGACUACAGCACCACCGAGGAUUGGACAGUGGGUGAAAAUAAUUUCACGCAUACUUUCAGUAACAGCGAAAAGGAAUGGCAUGUGAGCUUUUCAGGUUGCUGUUGGAUCGCUCUUAGUCAUUAUGGUGGUUCUACAAGUUGGAGAGUAGAAACUACCAUUAACCUUUCGCCGCGAUCAGAUAAUGGCAAAAUUAAUUCUUCCCCAGUAACAAGAAGCCCAGCCAUUGUUCGAUUUCCAGGAGGUUGCCGUCAGUCAUUCAGAAUUCCAGUUGAAGACCCGGAUGGAGAUACAGUGAAAUGCCGUUUUGCGACUAUUUCGGAGUCUCUUAGAGACAAUACCAGUUUUCCAUACGGUACACUGGAUGAGACUCCUUGCGUUCUGACGUAUAAUGGAUCACAACAAGCAGUUGGCGGAAUUUAUGCAGUGGCAUUAACUUUAGAAGACUUUCCAGCGGGAACUACAAACUUUGGUAGCGUCACACCGUUCAGCGGUAUCCCAUUACAGUUUCUUGUCAUGGUAAUUGGUAACCAUGCAGGUAAUUGUCAUAAAAAGCCUGUCUAUACAGCAUCUACCCCAAAAGACGGUGAAUGUUCUGAUGUCUCGAUUGGCUCUGCAUAUAUUGCAGUGAUAGAAGUGCAAGUUGCAGAUCUCUCAAAGUCCAUUGUGGAAAUAACUACUGCUUCUCCAUCUGGAAUGCAACUUACAUCUUUACGCAAUCAAGGACAAAUCUAUUACAGAAAUGUCACCUGGUACCCACGUCAGUAUCAAAUUGGACAGCAGUUGUUCUGCUUUAAGGCAAUAGACUCUGCUGGACUGGAAAGUGAGUGGCGAUGUGUGACAAUUCUUGUCGGCAUGAGUAGUACUCCGCGAGUUAUUUUAGCGAGUCGCAAACCCAAAGCACCAGUUAGUACAUUUGGAUCAGGUUAUUCCAACUGGAGCGUUCAGUUUGACCGAUUGAUCAAAAAACCUCGAGCAUCGUCUUACAUAAGACUCGUCUUGCUGCCCAGUCGACAAACAGUCUACAAAGUGGACGCACUCUCUCAAAACGUGACAAUUGGUAGUAAUUCAACCACACUGCGUUUUUUGAUUCCCCUUCCUGUGUUGAGCAUGGAAGGGUUAUAUGCAAUCUUAAUGGAUAAAGGAGUAGUGGUUGGAGAGGGCUGUUCAUCUGGUGGCACUUUCACACCCGGAAUAUCAUCCUCGAGCGCUUGGAGAUUCUAUGUACGUGGUGUAUGUCGCUUCGGAUAUUCGCUUAGUUUGCCAGACUUUCGUAGCUGUGUAGAUGUAAAUGAAUGUGCCUACGCAAGCUCCUAUGUGCAUUCGAAUGCUUCAGCCCGGUCAAAAAUCUUUCCAGAGUUCAUAUUACCAGCAGGUUGUGAUCAAGUCUGUCGCAACACUCAGGGAAAUUACAGUUGUUCUUGUGCAAGCGGAUAUCAACUGCAGUCGAAUGGAAAAUCUUGUAAAGAUAUCAACGAAUGUUCUAUCAAUAAUGGCGGCUGCAGUCAUCAUUGCUUCAACAUCCCUGGAACAUUUUACUGCGGAUGUCCAAAUGGAUUAACGAUGGGGAUAAACAAUAUGACUUGUGUUGACCAAACCGCAAGUGUCUCGUGCGGGCAGAACAAAAUGACGGUUUAUUUGGAAAAGCGAAGAUUCCACUACUUUAAAGCCAAACAACUACACUUGCGCUAUCCUUCAUGUAAAGGCACCGAGAACGCCACCCACUUCUUGAUCAGCACGUCUUUAGAUAGUUGCGGGACGCUGCGGAACGAAACCGAAGAUUUUCUCAUCUUUUCGAACGAGGUGCAUGCAGCAGCUCUGAUCAUUGAUAAUGUGGUUACUCGUUCACAUGAUAUAAAACUGCCAUUUUACUGCCGAUACUCCCGAAAGAAGCUACUGAGCCUUGCCUUCACACCUCGGAGGAUUUACGUCGGGAAUGAAACGGGAUAUGGUACCUUCACCUUCAAGAUGGACUUUUAUAAGAGUUCUUCGUUUGCCACGCCCUAUACAACGCAGGACUACCCUCUAACGGUCGAUCUUAAUGAAUAUGUUUAUUUACGGUACAGUGUGGCGUCCUCAGCUGACCUGGUCAUUAUGGCUGAGAAUUGUAAGGCUACUAAAGACGCAAGCUUUUAUUCUUGGCCACAAUACACCUUUCUUCAAAACGGAUGCCCCAAAGAUUCAACGCUUGACUACAGUUAUGAUCCAGCCCGACAAUACCAACAGUUUAAAAUCAAAACUCUCCGAUUUUGGAACGACUAUGGCACUGUGUACUUCCAUUGUGAAUUGCUGGCCUGUCACCGGAAUUCUCCUAAUUCCAGAUGUAGUAAGGGCUGUAUAAAGAACAAGAGAAAGAGGAGAGACGUAGUACGAGAUGGGACAGAGCAAGAAGAAAGCACAAACAAAGUCAUUCUGACAGGUGGACCUGUAUUGUUCGAGGGGGCCAAAGAAGAAGAAUCCAAAGAGCCCAAGCAGGGUAUGCAUACAGCUCUGAUCGGUGGUGUAGCAGGCGCUGGAGUAUUUGGACUGUUUGCAGUUGUAGCUCUGGCUGUUUUGUUUGUCAAGUAUCGCAGGACGCAACGGUUUCCGAACAGCAACAAAGACGAGCCAGCGGGACAAAACAAUGCUGCUUACAUGCCGGAGGAUGAUGUGAUCGCAAUGGGAGGCAAUAAUUAAGUCGAAUUUCGCUUAAAAACACUGGUGUUGAUAUAUUUCUUCUUCAAAACGUCGGCAUUGAGAUUUAUCUCUUGUUUGUUUCUCUUACGGAGGGUCUAUCUUUAUUUUCAUGUUUUUAUGUUAUAGAGCGCCAUGCCUUUAGAAUCAUCUUCACAGAUUUUUUUUUUCGGAAUGCAUCUUGAAAUGUCUCUACUAGUUUUGCAGUACAUAUUGGUUGGCACCUGGUUGCAUAUGUAAAGCUCAUAUACAUUUACUUAUCUACACUAUCAAACAUAACUUUUAACGGUUUCAAUUAUAGCGUGUGUUAUUUGUUAGCUUGGUGAAAUAAUAAAAUUCCACACCAGCA